AUGCGAUUACGGGUUGAUGUGUGUCGCGCGAUUGUGCUAACUUCCUUAAUAUGGAUGAUGAUUGAUGUCAUCAUAUUAUUUUAUUUUCUUGAUACUGGUAAUGGCAGAAUAACUUCAAAAGUUGCAGUUAAAUUGCGAGGUGAUCGUCGUUCUGAUGAUGAUUUAAGGGUUCAAGCAAAUGAUUUUAUUGAUCAUGAAGCUAUGGAAGAAUUGGGAAUAUUGCUAAAAAGUUUAACUUUCGAAAGAAAUGGACCAGGCGAAAUGGGUAGUGCAGUGAUCAUCGAUCCAUCACAGCAAGAAGAACGAACACGUAAAUUUAAGGAAAACCAGUUUGAUGUUAUGGCUUCGGAUCUGAUAUCUAUCAAUAGGGCACUUCCCGAUUACCGAUCAUCAAAGUGUCGUGAAGUUGCACGCAAAUACGACGUAACCAGUUUACCCACGGUAUCCAUAAUAAUCGUUUUUCAUAACGAAGCGUGGAGUACACUUCUUCGUACAAUACACUCUGUUAUAAAUCGAAGUCCGCUUCAUUUAAUCAAAGAAGUUAUUCUCAUCGAUGACUGGUCAAACCGGACAUAUUUGCGAAAACCUCUUGACUUGUACGUCAAAAGAUUUUCACUCCCCUUUCAUCUUAUUCAUCUGCCUGAACGAUCGGGUCUUAUCCGAGCGCGUUUACGUGGUGCAAAAGUGGCAAAAGGAAAGGUUCUGUUGUUUUUGGAUGCGCAUGUUGAAGUAACAGAAGGAUGGUUGGAGCCUUUAUUGGAUCGAGUAUCAACCGAUCGAAAACGUGUUGUGGCACCAAUUAUCGAUGUCAUUUCGGAUGAAAAUUUUGAAUACAUAACUGCUUCUGAUGUUACUUGGGGCGGUUUCAAUUGGCAUUUAAACUUUCGGUGGUACCCAGUACCAAUGAGAGAAAUGGAACGGCGGAAUCACGAUCGUUCGGUUCCGCUUCAGACCCCGACAAUUGCUGGUGGCUUGUUUGCUAUCGAUAGGCAAUUUUUCUACGAUAUCGGCUCUUACGAUGAAGGAAUGGAAGUCUGGGGUGGUGAAAAUCUAGAAAUUUCAUUUAGGGUAUGGAUGUGUGGUGGUAGUUUGGAGAUUCAUCCAUGUUCCCGAGUUGGCCAUGUAUUUCGGAAACAUACUCCAUAUUCAUUUCCGGGUGGUACAGCAAAAGUGAUACAUCAUAAUGCCGCUCGCACGGCUGAGGUUUGGAUGGACGAAUAUAAAGAUAUAUUUUAUAACAUGGUGCCUGCUGCCAAAAAUGUCGAUGUUGGAGAUUUAACAGAAAGGAAAAUUUUACGCGAAAAUCUGCAAUGUAAAAAUUUCCGGUGGUAUUUGGAGACGAUUUAUCCAGAAUCACCCAUUCCAAUCGAUUUUCUUAGUUUAGGACAGGUACAAAAUAUGGGAAUAAUGGAAUGCCUGGAUACAGCAGGUCGACCAGCCGGUGAUUCUCCUGGGAUGCUUCCCUGCCACGGUAAAGGUGGUAAUCAGUUAUGGACUUAUACUGGAAAAGGUGAAAUCCGUUGUGAUGAACUUUGCUUAGCCUUCACAGUAAAAGGUGUUAGCAUGGAGAAAUGUAUUGGCUCGGUACCACAGUCAAAAAUGGUCUUUGACUAUGAGAAGAAAGUAAGAUCUAAAUAUUUUGGUGUUAAAGUUAUUGAAAAGGAAGAAUUGCAGACAUUUAUGCUGAAACAUCGGGAAACAGGCUUAUGUUUGCAAGCAGAUGAAUCUGGAUUACAAUUAAGCAUGUGUUUACAUAUUGAAAUGAUUCAGAAAUGGAGAAAUGGAGAUACGGCACGUUUACCGCUCGGUGAAUCACGGGAUGUUUGGAAUCUGUUCGUUUGUUCUUGCUCAGUAGCGUGA